AAUUCUUAUAUAACCAUGCUGAUUUCCAUUCAGAAGCGUGACAACAUUGUAGAGUUUUCGUCAGCCAUUGACCGGUUUGUCUCGUCAGUUUAUUUUCAAAAUUACGUUUCGUCCAAUUAUUUUACUAGUUUACUAAGAUAUGAAGUGGACUUUGAUGAAAUCGGCAACUUGUCUAGAAAACGCUUUGGUGGUCCUGUUUGCCGUUGUUUUUCAAGACUCGAUAAUAAGCUUAUAGUAAUAACCGGGGCAACAUCUGGUAUUGGAUUAGUUGUUGCUCAACUGCUUGCCAAUAGGGGGGCAAGCAUUAUCUUCACUGCACGAAAUAGUGAUGAGGGUAUUGUCAUUCAAAAUUAUCUGAGGGCAGCAACUAAGAAUCCUAAGAUUUAUUGCAAGUACUUGGAUUUAAAUGACUUUGUUUCCAUUCAUAAGUUUGUGUUGCAUGUGAAUCAAGCCUGUUCCACAGUUGACUUGCUUAUCAACAAUGCUGGAGUUUUUUUCCAUCCUCCCAGUGAAACUGUAGAUAAGUUUGAUGUCACAUUUCAGACAAACUAUCUGGGUCAUUUUCUUUUAACUGAAUUAUUGCUACCAAAAUUAGCAGCCACUAGUCGUAUAAUAUUUUUGUCAUCAGCGGCCCAUUUUUUAGCUAAAUCGCUUGACGUGAAGACGGUUGCUGCUUUUGAUCCAGAAGCUGGUGGAUUAUCGGCGAGAUUCCAGAGUUACGCCAACUCGAAGCUAUGCCUGUUGUUGUAUAGUAAGAUUCUUGCUCAACGUUGUAAAGAACGAACCAUAAACGUUUACAGCGUAGAUCCUGGUUCAGUGGAGACGUCCAUUUACAGGCAUUUUCCUUUUCUGCAAAACCCCAUUCUAAAAGCUCUUCAGAGACCAAUUCGCUAUAUUGUCGUUCGCACACCAUUACAAGGAGCACAAACUGUCCUUCACUGUGCCGUGUCUCCGCACCUGAGCAAGGAAACCGGGCUUUAUUACUCAGAUCUGGUUUCUAAAACCCCUUCGGAUCUGUCACAAGACGUCGAGUUAUCCACGCAUCUGUAUGACUAUAGCCGACUUUGGACAGGGUUGGUCUAGUUUUCCCAUUCUUAGUGACAAUUGAAAACUCCAAAAUGACAUUUGAAUGGAUCCAACUCAAAGAAGGCUUGCUGAAGAAAAUUAUACAGAAAGGAAAAGAAGGGAAGCGGCCACGAUUUUGGAGUGAAGUAACGGGGAAAUUAAUUAAAUUUCCAUUGGGUUCAAAUCAAGAUAACUCCGUGCUUUUACCUGAAGAAAAUACUACAGAAAAUUUAUCUCUUU